AUGCCUUUGGAGAGGUAUGAGUACAUGAGCAAUGUUUGGAGGGAUGGAAUCUUUGAUAAUAAGGUCGUGUUCUGCACAGGUGGCGCCGGCUCCAUCUGCUCUGCCCAAGUUCGCGCCUUGGUAGCCCUUGGAGCCAACGCCUGCAUCAUCGGCCGCAACGUCGAGAAAACCGAGACCGUAGCCAAAGACAUCGCAACCGUACGACCCGGCGCAAAAGUCCUCGGUAUCGGCGCCAUCGAUGUGCGGAAACCAGAGCUCCUACAGGCAGCUGCAGACAGAUGCGCAAAAGAGCUCGGCAGCAUCGACUUUGUUAUCGCGGGUGCUGCUGGAAACUUUUUGGCGACAAUAGAUCAGAUUAGCCCCAAUGCGCUGAAGAGUGUCAUUGACAUCGAUGUGUUGGGGAGUUAUAACACGGUUAAAGCAACGCUGCCAUAUCUUGUCGAGUCAGCGGCAAAGCACAAGACGAAUGGCAAGACAGCCCCUCGCAAUGGCACCGGCGGUCGCAUCAUCUUUGUCAGCGCAACGCUACACUAUACUGGCACACCUCUACAGAGCCAUGUCUCAGUCGCAAAAGCUGGUGUCGAUGCUAUGGCCACAGCUGUAGCCCUUGAGCAAGGACCCAAGGGCAUCACGUCGAAUGUCAUUGCUCCUGGGCCGAUUGCAGACACAGAGGGUGUAGCGCGGCUCUCGAAGAAAGAGACUCGGGACCUAUCGUACAAAGCCAUUCCUUCACAGCGAUAUGGAACAGUUAAGGAGAUUGCUGAUGCUACAAUCUACCUCUUCUCAGACUCGGGCAACUUCGUUAACGGGGAGACGCUCGUCGUCGACGGAGGCCAAUGGCACACUGCUGGCUAUGGAAACGGCUUCGCUUAUCCCGACUUCCUUCUCUCAGGAGAGACCGUGACGGGAGUUGCGGGAGGGAAGAAGUCGAAACUGUAG